UAAAACCCCUGCCUGGAUCUGGAUCCCAAUAUUUUGAAUUUAAGGUCACGUGAUCGUCCGCGCGCCGCCAUGAUGGUCGUUAUUUCAACAGUUUGUUUUUGAUGUGUUUGAACGAUGUUCGAGGAAAGUAUGUUCUUGUCUUUUUUUUUUUUACGUGGUGUAAUUAGCAACCGGUUAACAAUAAUUGCCUAAAAGCGGCUAUUGAAGGCAAUGAAAAUAUGUCUACCACAACUUCCACAUCAUCUUCUCUAAAUCCUAAAUGCCAUGAGUACUGUCAUGGAACGCCAGCAGUCUGCUAUUGCCCCCAGUGUUGUGCCGUGUUCUGUGAAUCCUGUUACAAUUUGGAGCACCAAGGAAAUGAGAGAAAACGUCGUCACGAAAAGCAGUCGAAACUACGUCCAAUCUGCACUGAACAUCGUCAUCCUCUGGAAUUCUUUGACUUCACAACUAGUAGAGCUCUCUGUGUCCUUUGUAAAAAGGCCCUCCAAUCAGAAAGUCAAGUCGAAUUAAUAGAGACCAUCGAAGAAGCAGUGCCAAAACUUAGAAAACUCCUCCAAGAAAAAGUAGCUUCGACAGAAUCUUUGCUAGAAGAUACUGGUCGUGUUACUGUAGAAGUAGAGAAAACAGCCCAAGAAGCUGUGAAAAUAGCCUAUAGGCAGAUUGAUAAUGUGCUCGCUCAGUGUCGAAAUGCAUUGGAAAAAAGAGAAAAACAGGUUAAAGACAAAGUGCAGCUAUGUAAAGACAUCUUUCUAAACGAUGAAGAAAACACCGCUCUAAAGAAUAACAGAAGUGAACUGUCAAAAGCAGUAAAGGAAGCCGAAGGUAUUUUGCACAGUGAUGAUGCUAGAGCAAUGGUUGUGCAAUACAAGGAAACCUUAAGCAAUUUGGACAACUUGACCUUCAAGGUUUCUCGAGGAGGCUUAAGAGCUGCAAGGGACCUUAAAUUCACGGUGAAAUACUGCCCAGCCGUAUUGAACCGUAUUCAAAAUCUCAUGAUUAUCGAGCCAACAUUGAACGAUUUUCCUGAGGCGGAAGAGGGUGAAAUUAUGUACUCUGGCAAAGACUCUAGAGUCAGGUUCGUCAUCGGAAUCAAGCCCCCAACGGACACUAGGAGACCGAGCAACCACGACAAGGAAACGCAGAAUAACAGGGAACAGGAAAAUUGUGAACACGUAUCAUCGGAACAGCAUGAGGGUGGACAAGGCGCUCCUGUAUCACACUCAACAAGCGUGAAAGACGCCUACGACAAACAGCAUGUGGAAGACGUUCGUCCUGCACCCACAGAGACAAGAGACUUGUCCGAAGUAGAAGUAAUAGGUACAAAGCCAUCGAGAGGAUGCGAACAGCUUAAUAUGACGCAGGAUAAUAAAAAUAAGGCAAGUGAGAAGCCACAUAAUGAGUCAUUGAAUGCUGGGCACGAAGAGUCAAACGAUUUGAAAAGCUCACCACUAAAGCGCGGUGGUACCACUAAGAGGCCUGCCGUAGGGAACACUGUGCGCUUGCCAGUCAGGACAUCCCCAGAGACUGUACCCAACCCUGCAGGACAAGGGAAUGUCUUCUCAAACAUCCAGAAGAUGCUGGACAAAGGGGACCAGGCACACAGGACUGUUUCAACGAUGGCUACACCUGUCGCAGGACAGCGUACACAAUCAGGUUUCCGCGUUACAGGUUCAACAACAGAAGUAUGUGCACGACCUUUUCCGACCACCACUAAGGCUGCAACUCCAGCUAUACCUUCUUCUGUGAAGGGAUCUCCCGGCCGAGCUAUGACUACCUCGUUCGGACGAACACCGGAAUUUUCCCAAGUAAGAGCACCCGGGAAUACGCUCACUUUAAACGCAGCUGCAUCAGGCUGCCCGCAAAUAGUACGAGUACUCUUAUCAUCGGGUCCUAAUGGUACAGGGCUAGCAGCCAGUUCGGUGUCUUCUGUCUUGACUUCUUCGACGGGAGUGCCAACGUUAAUUAACCGUACCCCAACGGGCCUGCGAACGGUUACAAACGCUGCCCCAACAGGCCUGCAAACGGUUACAAACGCUAUCCCAACAGGUCUGCGAACAGCAUCAAAUAAUACCCAACCGAGCCUGAGAACGGUAACAGAAGGUUUCCUAAACAGACAGCAAACGACGAAAAAAAGCACUUUUACACUCCUGCGAAAUAAAGCAAACGAAAGCCCAGAGCAAACGGUUACAAAUGGGAAACAAACGGGAUUAAGAACAACUACAAAAAGUACUCAAAUUGGAAUUCAAACUGUGGCACCAUCGCAUACACCACUAAAAAGUUCCGUUUCCGCCAAAAAUUGUAAUUUACCUAAGCAAGGACCUGUGACAGUCUCAUCGAAGCCUGCCAUAGCACUCACCACAUUGGCUCCACAACGAACCCUAUCGUCGCUGACUGGCCCACUCAUUAAAACCACAGUGUCUCCAGCAAAAACGACGCUGAGCAACCCAUCAAGCCCGCGACAUAUCGAGCAGUUUCCUAGCAGUUUCUACACGUCUGCGGAGGACAUACUAGACAUGCUGAUCCAUUCAUCCCCUAAAGCCCCAAAAGGGUCGAAAGAGGCUUCGCUCCUGGACCAAACAUUCAUCGAAGACGCUAUGCCACCUGUAGAUGACAGCCCAGCGGUGUCUCCAGAUACCCACCAUGAGGUAUGCAGGAUGGCGUCACCAGACAAGACGACACGUAACUCAAAGAGUGCACGCGCUGCUGGUGGCGACUCAACAGCAGUCAAAAACGGUAAAGGAACUGUGCAAGCAACUGUGGCGUUAAUGGAUUGUCGCCAUGGCAACAAUCAAUCAAGGGAAAAGAAAAGUCCACGAACGCCAAAGGAGAAGCUAAAAGUAUCAAGCACACCAACUUCUCAAAGCGGAAGGAAACGUGGUCGCCAGAGGACUGAGUCAGACGAUGUCUACAAGCCUCCCUGUGUGCUCCGCCCCAGGCUCCAGGAGGCGUCACCAGAGGGAUGCAAGCGGUUCCGCAGGGGAGGAGAGCUGGACAGGGAAAUUAACAAAUGUGAUAAGAUUUUGACAGAACUCUGGGCACAUGAAGAUAGCUGGGCAUUUGUCCGACCAGUUGACCGCAAACAGUGCCCUGAGUACUACAAGCAGAUUGCCAACCCGAUGGAUCUAUCCAUAGUGAAGGAGAAGCUACAUUCGUAUCAGUACCACUCCGUCGUCGAGUUCGUGCGUGACAUGAAUUUGAUCUUCUCCAACUGCAAAGACUUUAACAAGCCGGGUUCCACGAUUCUCGAAGAGGGGUUACGUCUUGAGGAGCUCUUCAAGCAGUUGCUAUAUGAUAACUUUCCCGGAAUAGAAGAGGUCAUUCAGAGUGAAGAGUUGAUGGAGUCAAGCUUGUGAACGAUGGCUUUGAACUCCCCCCCCUCCCCCCCCCCUCUCCGCUCUAGCACAGGGAUCUCGUUGAUUUUUUAUGCUUUCCAAAAUUUCCCAAUUGGUAUGGACCCCAGUAACUGUUCAUUUAUUAUUUAAAAUCUAAAACCAUUUGAAAAAUAAUUUUAAAGAAUACCCGCUUGUUUGGUUAUUUUUUUUUUCACAUGAACAUAAGGAUUAUGACAGUUUUGUCCUAAGAGGCUAAGCCAAAGAAAUUUUUCAUAAUAAGAAUUCUCACUCAACCUUUCAUGCAGUAAAGAGUUUCCUCUAGAAUUCUAUUUUACUCCUUAUUAUUUCUAAAUUCAUGUAUUUGGUAAACUGCUUUCCGUAUAUGAAAUGAACUUAUAUUAUCUUUUCAAAAGAUAUAUUAAAAUAUUUGAAACGUUUUUAUGAAAUUCAGGAUAUUUGCAAGCUAUAUUAUUGUAUGAAUUGAAAAACAAAACAAAAUCAAAAUAUUCAUUUUUUUAAAUAAAAUACAUGAUAUGAGCAAGCAUAUCUUUUUCCCAAGUAACUAAUAUUGUAUAAAUUGAAAAACAAAACAAAAAAAUAUUCAAAUAUUCAAAACCCUUUAUAAAAUACAGGAUAUGAACAAGCAAUAUUUUUUCAAAGAAACUAUUAAUGUAUAGAUUGAAACACAAAAUAUGUAUUAAAGUACUUAAAGUUAUAUAUGAAAUACAGGAUAUAAACAAGCAAUAUCGAUUGAAAACAAAA